GAAUGAUGAUAGGAAUUUUAGAGUAAAGAUCUAUAAAAAUAUUUUAAGUGAUUGUUAACUGGUUUAUUAAGGGGAUUAUAAACAUGGACUUAAACAGGGAAGGUGGAAUACUUGUUUAGAACUGAUUCUUCAAAGGAUUUUGCAUUAUGUAAUAUUUCUAUUUAGUUCAUAAGAGGAGGAGAGGAUUAUGAUGAUCACAAAAAUGGUAACGUGAGAAAAUGGAUA